UUUAUUCAACAGAGUAAAGGGAAGAGCAGAAGUUUGUAACGGAGAGAAGGAGGCGAAGAUGGAGGAAUGAGAGGAGAAGAUGGAGAAGAGGAGGACAGAGAGCUGAACGCUAACCUGCUGCAGAACCACAUGAGGGUCCAGCUACCCAGCACCAUGAGCAGGAAGGACGGCCAGCUGGAGGGUCGCCUUGAUGACCUCCUGUCACGCAUCGCCAUGGAGACGCAGGAGAUCAAAGAGCUGGAGCAGCAGCUGACCAGCAGUCAGAUUCUGGCCAACGAAGCGCUGCAGAGGGAUCUGCAGGAGGCAACUACUGGACUGCAGGAGUACCUGAGAGGACUGAGGCAGCAGGCCCGGCGCUAUCAGCAGCAGGUCCAUGUUCUUCAGGCGGAGAACCAGAGCCUGCGGCGCCUCCUGCAGGACUCCCAUAGAUACUGCAGGAUGGUGCAGGACCCUCAGCAGGAGGAGCUGUCUGCGCUGUGGACGGAGGUUCAGGCUCUGAGGGUCCGACAGGCGGAGCUGGAGGCGGAGCUUCGGCAGCUGAGGGAGGAGCCAGCCCACCAGGUCCAACAGGAACAGUUUAACCCAACUCGGAUCCAGCUGGAGCAGCUUCCCGACACUCUAUCAGAACCAGAGAACCAGACGGAACCACAGGAUGGAGCCAGUUCUACACACUCUCUGAGCGCCAAGCGGCUCCACGGGUCGGCCCACCAGAACCAGACCGGCAGGCAGGAGGUCCGACAGGCCCAGGCCCAGACGGUGGAGCAGAACCUGGCUCCCAGUCUGGCCUCUCAAGGGACUCAGGACUCCGGUUUGGAGCUGCAGUACCUCAGUUCUCCCGACAGGGGGCGACAUCAGGAAGAGCUUCCUCCAGGAGGACGAAUUCAUCCGACAUCCAAUGACCCAACUGAAGUUGUUUCUGCUGGGAUCUCCCAGGGUCCUCCAGCAGGGGGCAGGAUGUCACAGCGUAGAGAUAAGCAGGGAGGCAGAUGUGUGUCAGACUGCAUGGAGAAGAAGAAGAUGCAACGGUCCCUGCAGCGACACAGGAGUGUGCUGCAGGUGUGUGAUGAGUUGAUGUGUUUGGAGGAAACUCUGCUGCAGAGACGGGCGGAGCUUCGCCAGGCCGACCGGCUGCUGCUGGAGGCUCAGAGCUGCCGCCGGACGGCCAGGAGAGACACUGAUUUGCUGCAGCACCGACUGGAGGACAGCACCACCUGUCUGCUGGAGGCCACAUGGCACCUCAGGGAGCUGCAGGAGGGGGCGGAGCUGCUGAGGAGGAAGAGGGAGGAAGAGGAGCAGCACCUCAGGAAGAUAGAGGAGGAGCUGAGGAGCCGACAGGAGGAGCUGCAGCAGCUGGGGUCAAAGGUCACCAGGGCUGCAAAUAGACUAGCUGAUCUGCUGUCAGACUGUCAGGAGGCUCAGGAGCACCUGGAUUCUCUCACCUGUCAGGUAACUGCUGGAGGUUCAGAACCUUCAGGAGGGGGCGCCGUUUACAGCUCGGGUUCUCCUGCAGGAGCAGCGCAGCGCCUGGCUGCCAGGGGGCAGCAGAGAGCUGGAGGACCGGAGGAGACGCACUGACAGGUCUGGGACCAGAACGUCCUGUCCGCCCUUCAUCAUUUGAGGGGGGCAGAGCUACAGAAGAAGGCAGCGCCAUUGGAGGGCA